CCUUUCGCGAGCGUUCACGAGCGAAUGCUUCGAGUGCUCACAUCUGGACAGGCCUUAAUACGUCAAUAUGAAAUAAUUAACUCACGGAGGACAUUUCGCGACAUUUCCUCGGCCGCCCGGAGUAUUCUUUAAACGCGGAAAGAGGAGUGUCAGUUAUAUCAGACGUAUAUAAAUUAUUCCGGCAGUAAAACUUAUUGUCAGCGCGCCGCGUGUGAACUUUGCACCGCGCGCUAUCAGUAAAGUAUCAGCAGUGUUUUUGCGCUGUGUGCAUGCCGAUGUCGCAAAUGUGACGGAUCCUCGAGCGAGACGGACGUGUGAGAGAUCCGACGCACGAUGGCACCGGGAAAGAGUAACGCUAUCAGUGGCAAUCACCUCAGGAACUCUUCCAGCAUUUCGCCCAGCAUACCGGGACCAAGUGUGUCCUUUCAAACCACUGGAGCUGUUCCACCUCCAGUGCCACCUCGCCAGCCAACGCAAAGCUACCUGGGAUACAACAGUUACAGACCGUAUAAUUCGAGCUACGGCUACGAGACCUAUGGCAACUACGGAUAUGGAAGUGGUUACAGGAGUUAUGGUGGAUAUGGAUCUUUUGGUAGUUACAAUCCUUAUUCUAGUAGUUAUGGACACAGUGGUGAUGCAGAGAGCAGGUUUCAACAGUAUGCAGAGGAAAGCACAAGAUCGACUUUUCGUGUAGUGGAAACUGUGCUGCAUACAUUUUCGUCUAUUACGAUGUUGCUGGAAUCGACGUAUUUCGCAUUGACAAAUUCCUUUAGGGCGAUCUUAAGUGUGGCAGAUAACAUUGGUAGACUACGUUCGACACUCGGCCAAUUAUUGAGCACAUUUGCUUUAAUCCGUUUCAUGAAAUGGGUCUACAGAAGAAUUUUAUUUAUGCUUGGCCUUCAGACGCAGAAUGCCAUCACCGAAGAUUUGUGGCAGCAAUCAAUAUCGCAGUUGGCAGGCGGAGAACGGACGAAGACGACGGCAAUGACGAAUGAACGACUUUCGCCUUGGAUGAACGUUCUCCUUCUCGGUGUGUUUGUUGCGAUUCCAUAUCUAAUUCACAAGAUAUCGAACAGUAUAAGACAGAAUCAAGUAAAAGUUAACGAUCCAAAUGAAUGGGUGAAGUGCGAGGACGCUGUGUGCGUGGCCACAGCGAUGUACGAUUUCAUGGCGGUUUCCAAUGAAGAACUGAACCUAAGAGCCGGUCAGAAAAUAUGGUUAGCGCCACGCUCCCUGCAAUCUAAGAGCAUACCAGGUUGGUGGAUUGCCACCGACAAUAGGAAUGUCGGUUUAGUACCUGCCAAUUACGUGACUAUAGUGGGACAAUUGAAGAGGAAAUCGGAACCGGAAAGCAAUGGAAAUGUCACGUCUACGGUAAUUCCAAUCUCCACACAGAAUGCAACCAUUUCUGGUGAACAGAUAAAUACGCCAGAGCCUGGCAUUACCCAACAAAGUACUGAUUCUCUCUUCUCUGAGAAUAUUAAGGAUGAACUUUAGUCGAAAAAAUGCAUUGGAAGGAAGAUCUCUCAAUCUAAAUCUUUCAAAUAGUCGCGAAGUGAUAUUGUCCACCUUAAAUAUAUGGCCUACUACAUCUUUACGGGACAUGAUAUAAAUAUUACAAAACGCGCCGUAUAUUUAGUGGAUAUCGAAUAAAGCGCAAUGAAAAUUUUUCAAUAUAUGAUUAUAUUACAUUACAUGUAUGUAUUUACCGAGACUUUUAAUGAUUUAUUUCUAUCGGAAAAAAAGCUCAUUGAUUAGUGUAAAAUAAGGACUGUAGAUUUCAUUACUUUUAACAUCGUUUUUCUAUAUAUAUUUAAGUUACUCAAGUAGAGGGGAGUUCGUAACAUAUGUAUAUUUAAUGUGAUUGAAUAUUCAAAGAAAAAAAGACAAACGCGAACCAUUUCGCGGAUAUCGUAAUAACUUAUUUCCUACAAUCAAUUUGUGCAAAUAAACUGUCUCAAUCUCAAA